GACCGCCACGCCACGCGAUCAUUUUGCACCGAAAGGCGGGCGGUGUGCACGUCGAACAGAACCGUCCGCCCGCGCCACCCACGUACCGACUCCUCUACUACAACCUCGUUAGUCUAAGUGACGUAAAGCCUUCAUAUAGACGCGCACAGUGAAUGAGUACGUACGUUAUUGAGGACAACGUGGAAUCGUUGCAUUGGAUUUGUAGUGAACUGAGGCGGACAAAUAAAAGAUAACCUUGCCAGCUGCAUUUAUUAUUCAGUGACUGCGCUAAACAUAUAGCCAGGAUGGCGCCCUGUACAGGUAACCAUGAGGAUCAAAGCGACAGACAAUGGUAACAUUGCUGUAUACAACCGGCAGGACGUAUCGUCUCAGAGAAAUUCCGAUAGCAGAACUUGGUUAUCUGCGAACAGUACAGAAUCCAAUUUACGAGAGAAUACUACAGAUUACUCACAAGUUACGAAUUGUAACACAGUUUAUAACUCACAAAGGAAUUCAGAGACGUUUGAGAAUUACUCAACGGGCACGGAUACCGGCGCAGACAACGAAGCCUCGGUCUUGAGUUCGGAGCUGGUAUGCAACCGGCAAUAUCGGAUUAAUAACAGGCAAACUAAUACCGUGCAGACGUGCAAUACCGUCGACACGGACAAUCUGGAGGAAACCACAAAAUCCGUCCGAGCUCCUUGCGAAAGUUUCAUAAGUAAUACUAAUGUAUAUGCAGAAAAUUCGCCAAUUGACGAGGAAAGAGUGUUUGAGCAUUCUGACACUGAUGAGAUGUCUGAGAACGGCAUCCAUCCUGUGCCAAGGGGAAUCGUGAAUCCAAAUUAUCCUGGCUUCCAACACUUAGCACACACAUUACAGGAUUAUUCUUCAAAUAUUGAAAAUUUUUACCAUUCAGAAAAUGAAAUGACUGACGAUGACGUGGACAUAGAAAUUACGGACCUGGCGUACGAACCAGAACCCAAUCAAAAUGUAACCACGGAUUAUAAAAAUAUCAACAACAACAACAACAUAAAAUCAGAUCUCAUAAAAACCACAUUAUUGUCACCACAAACUAAAUCUUUUUCACAACAAAAUUGUGUAGAUAGUCAAAAACAAAAUGAUAUGCCGGACCUUUUAAAAAAUGUAUCCAAGAAUAAUAAUAACAAUGAUGAGCAAUUAAAUUACGAUUUGAAUUGUACGGAUGCAGAUAUAGAGAAUAACUUUCAUACAAAAGACAUUAUUGGUGACUUUAAUAAAGAAAUUGAGGAUGAAAUAAAGCAUUUACUUAACUACAAUAUCAAUAUUCAAGAUGACUUAGAGGAAUUACGAAAAGAUAUAAAGGACACAUUUGCGAAACCCAUUGAAAAUACUAUCAAUAAUAUAAGCGACGUCGUCAAUCACGUCAUAAAGAAAUUAGUUGAAACGCAGUGUGAUGACAUUGAAGAUAAUCUGAAAGUUAGUUUAUCCGAGCAGCAAAAGAUAGACAAAGAAAUUAAUGAAAUAAAUAAAGAAAAUGAAAAAAAUACUAGAACAGAAAUGAGUCUAAACAGGCCUACGUUUUUAUUAAUAGAAAAUAACACCAAUGGUAAGAUCGCAGACGCUUUUCUGUCGGAUGGAAAGGAUGAAAUAAAUAUUAAUGACUACGACACGGAGAAGUUGAGCCUUAAUGUUGAGAAUACAAUCAAGCAGCUUAGCACCGAGCUUAGAAAGAUAAUUCCAAAACUAGAUGAAAUGCGUGAACGCGAUAGACUAUGGGCGGAAAGCAAAAAGGAAACUGUUAUCAUAGAUGGAAAUUCUAAUGAGAUAGGACACCAUUCGAAAGAUUAUAGUUUACUAAAUAGUGUUCACACUCAAGAUAAGCCAGAGAUUAGUAAAACCAAGCACAUUGAUAAUAAUUUCAGUAUUAGAAGUAAUCCUAUACGAUCUCCAAUUGAACCCAAGGCGGCCAGAGACAAACAAAAAGAAAUUACUUCAAGUAAAAACUCUUACCGCACUGCUCAAAGUAAAACUUCCGUCCGUAAAAAUGAUUGCUCGAAAGAUCUAGAUUUGGGGAGUUUUGACGUGUACAACAUAGAAACAGCCCUUCCCAAAUUGGAUUUGGAUGCAAUUGAAAAUCAUUUAAAAGCAGCAAAAGAAGCUGAGAGACGGAAACGCAAUGAUAGGGAAGAGAUCAGGAGGCGACUGGCUAUGGGGGCAGAAGCUGAUGAGUACUACAGUAUGGGCCACACCGACAGGCCAGGGAAGAAACCUAGCCUGCAUUCACGACUUCAAAGUGGGAUGAAUCUACAAAUAUGUUUCAUGAAUGAGACAGCGUCUGACAAUGAAUCUCAAGCAUCAGAUAUAGAAAAGAAUUACAAUAAUACAAAAAGUUUGUCACGGUCAAGUAUUUUUAGCAAGUCCAGCUACAACCAUCCGUACCAAACAAGACCGUUAUCAGUAAACAUCACAAAACAUGACAAAAUAAGCACUGUGCAGAGUGGUGCAAAACUUCGCCCUACAUCCCUUUCAUUAAAGACUAAGUCCAGAUCAUCACAUUCUCUGGGGCACAUUGAAAUAAAAGAGUCUGAUUUCUAUGUCCUGCAAGCAACUUUACAGACUGAGGCCAGGAUUGCACUGGCGCAAGCCAAAGAGAUGGCUCGUAUACAGAUGGAGCGCGAACGUCGCAGUAGGGCCGUAUCCCCGGUGACGGAGAUGCUCCGGCGCAGCAUGCAGAAGGCGAACGCGCCGCUCGCGCCCGACCGACGCCGCGUCUCCCGACAGCUACUCACUGACAUGAACAUCGCACAGUUGCAGGUGAUAGUGAACGAGCUGCACUCUCAGAUUGAGUCGCUGAAUGAUACGCUGGUGAAGAUGCUGAUGGCGCGCGACGAGCUCCACAUGGGACAAGACUCCAUGCUCGUCGAUAUUGAAGAUCUCACGCGCUAUUUGGGUGUCAAAGAGCAGACUAAGAAAACCAAAGGCACUACUAAAACGGGUAUGAGGAGGCUCACAUCUUUAGUGCACAAAUAAGUACACAAUAUUUUAAUAUUAGGCUUAUUAUAACUGCGAACUAUCUAUUUAGUAAAGGUGGUCACUAACAACACCAGUGCGUAAGAUAGAUAUUACGACAAUGUCCUAACACUUAUUCGUACACAUUGUUCUAUUAAGGCCCAAAUUCAUCGACAACAUAAACGUCAGUUUCUCUAAAACAACAGUUAACUUAAAAAAAAAAAAUGUUUAUAAUGUCGGUGAAUUUGGGUCUAAAGUGAGAUUGUAAAACAGCGAUUGGAUAUGCGCGUGUCUUUGUAAAUACACUACAAAUAUUCAUUGUCAUUUCACAUAAGUAUUGUGACGUUUAAACUAUUAUUAAGAGUGAAAACGCUUUGUGUAUCGAAUCGCUCUCGAAUGUUUAUUACAGAAGUUUUAGACUAUGUAUCAUCUCACUGAACUAUAUAAUUAAAAUUACGUUAGUCUGCUAGAAGCGAGGUAAUGUUACGGACACAAUUUCGAACACUUUAUCUAAAAUGUCGAUAAAUAUACAAAUCUGAGUACUUAAAAACUACUUCAAAUUAAGUUGUACACGAUCUAUCUUCGCACUGUAAAUGAUAUUCCUAAAUCCUAUAAUCGGUGAUGUCGUAUAAUUUUCGUGACAGCAAAGUUAGUUGAAAUGUUCAGGGUCGCGGGAGUUCGAGCCGUGUCGCAACUAUUGCAAGACUGCUUGAAAUGAUCGACGUCGCUCAGUAAUGCCUGAAUUCACUUUAGUGCCAGUGAAUUAAGUACCAAUUAAAAUGAAGUUAUUAGAGUCUAUUUAAAUCCAGCUAAACAGGCAAUUCAGUUGAUUUAUAAAUUUACCCAGUGUUUACUAUUAUUAUGCAAGCUGUUAAUUUUUAUAGGCUGACUUCUAAGGUAUAAUUCAUUCAUAGAAAGUGAAGGCCUCCUAAAGCGGAAUAUUCAUCAGAAAAAGUCGAGAUUAAGCAGUCAUUAGCAUACAAUUAGGCACACCGCGACCCAAUUGUUUAGACUGCAUACUCCACAACAGAUGUUAGCGCAAUAUAUUUGUAUAUACUGGUUCUCUCGUUAAUAAAUUAACUCUGUCACAGUUCCCAUUAUUUAUAUAUAAAUGUGUAUAUCGGAAUUACUGUAUAUUCAAUACAUGUCCGCUUUAACUAUACAUAUUAGCCCACCUUAAAUAUAUAUUUUACAAUUUAUUCGCAGAUUAGAAAAAUAUUUUUUCAUAAUAGUGCUCAUUGUUAUCUAUGAAUAUAAUGUCUAUGCCUUCGAAGUGAGUUAGAGGCUAAAUUGCGUUAUUAGUUGAAUUUAAUAUAGAAUAAUACUUGAAAUUAUUUGUAUACGAUCUGUUGAAAUUACAAAAGCAAUGCAAAUUAUGUAAUUAAUUGUGAAAUAAACAAAUAAGUUGGUAUUAUAUAAACAGUUAUAUAACUAAAACAAUGCAAUUAUAUGUUACUUUAAAACGCAUUAUCUCGCAUCGAAGGCGUAGAUGAUAAGUUUUUAUAUACCUACUACUAGUAUACUCACAAUAUAUACAGGUAGGCAUGUAGAGUGCACAUGCCGUCGAUCAUCGUGAUCUUAUCGGAGGCUUGUAAUGAAUGUAGUUUACAUACUAAGCAACUAACGGGAUGCAAAUCGAACGACCAGUGAUUACCUCGUCAAUACCUUUGUAAUUUACUACCUAACAACACUGUAUUCAUAUUUCAUUAAUAUUCAAUAUCUAUUCACUUUUUAUCAAGACUCGUAUUUCUACGCUAAUUCUUGGUUAUGAUAUUUAAUUUUGUAACUAUUUACUUACUUGUAUGAAUAACUUUAAACAGGGUUUGAAUUUCUUAGAUAAUAUUUAAAACCUGUGUACUAAAAUUAUAAACUUUACUAUUAUAAAAUGGUACUUAUUUAUAUUCGAGAUAUAAUUCAUACUGAAACAUGACAUUACUGACAUUUUAAAUAACUGUUAUGUUAGGUAGUAAUUUAAUGACAUUUGUAUUCCCGAAGGUAUUAUUAGCUGACUGGUAAUUUAUUCUGUAACAACAACUACGUUUAACUGGUAAAAUACUAAUUAUUAGCAUUAUUUUCGCAUUUGAAAAUGGUCAAGACUUUAAAAAAAAACACGCUUUUAUAAAACUUGAAUCAUAAAACCGAUCUGGUAAAAAAUACACGUUUAUUAGGGCCCAAAAUAUUGCUAAUAAUUACAAUUUUCCUGGAAUAGUUUCACCAAUCAGCAAAUAGAUUAACUAUGGAUCUUUCUUGCCUUAACCAAAUAAUCUCGCUAAGCUCUAAGCAAUACGUCGGUGAUACAUAAACAUAUUCAUACUUCUUAAAUUAAUAAAAUGUUAAUUAGUUAUUUACUCGUACCGUUAUAUGCCUGAGUAUUUUCCAAACAUAUUAAAUGUGUAAAGUAUACACAAUAAAGUGUGUAUAAAGCGAUAAUUUUCCUUCAUUCAGCGCGCAAUUCCGAUCAUGACGCCAUUAUAUAAGAAACAAAAUGGCGUCACGAAAUGUCAAAAUAAUUUAUAAAUUUUUAUCAGAUAAUGUUGUAAAAGUUAUGAGUUGUAUUUCUAAAUAUUCUUUACUACUCUAAGCUUAUGAUGAAAUUAGUGAAAUUGAGGAUAACUGAAAAUACUCAAGCUUAUAAAGGGUAAAAUCUAAUAGGUACUGACUGGAAAGACACCAAUGUUAUCAGUUAUUCAAGUAUGUAUUAUAUUGUUCACUAAAUUAAAUCAAGGUGGUAUUAAUAUCAUAAGUUACUUCGUCGUGGUUUUAUAGCUCAUUUAUAAUGUUUCAAUUCAUGUAUUCUAUUGUUUAUAACUUGAGAUCUCGAGUGUUAUUCCUACUAUUGUGUACCUCUUGAUAUUAAGUAUCUUUCUUACUUUUUUAUGUAGUUUAAUAACUAUAUAAUUAUGUGUUAUUGGGCAUAGUUGGCUUCUGAGCCUUUAGAAUCCGAUCAUAAACGGUUUUCAAGGUCUUAGAAGUAAUUAUGAAUUAUAUUAUGCCUAAUAUAGUUUUUGCUGUGCUAGAUUUAGUUACCAUUAUUGUUAGUUAUGUAUUAUUUUGUGCUUAAAUCUAAGAUUUUUUUUCUGUAUUGAAGGUUUGGCAUAUGCUAUCAUUUACAUUACGAAGUUCCGAUUUUAUUCAUAUAAAUAACAAUAAUUCGUCACUUUCAUCUUCAUCGGUAAAUAAUAUGUCACGAAUUAGGUGAUCAGAUAUUAUUUCCUUUUCAAAAAUAUACUUCUUACAGUCUUUCAAAAUGAGUGUGUAAAUGAUAGUUUUUGAAACCCUUACAAGACAUUAUGUUAACAAUGUACCUUUCUCCUAUCUCUCUAAAUUGUUUACUACAAGCAUAGUAAGCGCAUUUAUUUACCCAAAUGUUAUUCACUAGGUUAAUCAAAGUUUAAAUUUACCCAUCAAUUUAUUACAUGUAUCUAUCAAUAUAAUGUUGGAAAUAAGUAUAGCAUUACAAAUUAUUACGCAAAUGUGCACCUUAGCCGCACUCCAACGUAGGAUAAAAUGUUCCGUAAAUUAUUGAAUAAUACAGCUAUAGUUUACAUUAUGUAUUGGAAUAUAUUUUUAUAAAGUAACGGACGAGGCACCAACAAGGUGAAUUUGACAGGCCGCCAUUACCGAUACGCUUUUGUCCAUCACAAAGUGGUAUUCUUUAAUUACUUACUCUAGGUUACUACAUUUUUACGAGCAUCCGACACAGGUGCAAUUGUACGCAUUCAAAACAUUAAUACAAUGUAUUCAUCCUGUUUGUAAAUGUUAUUCUGAUAAUCUUUGCUAAAACCUGAUUAUUAUGACAAUUUUACGACUCAUUAUAAGUGUGUAAAAGGCUCCAUUGAUGGUAAAUAACUGUAAAAUAUAAUUGAAUAUUCGUCGUUUCAUCGAGGAUACCAUUUCAUUUAUAACUUGCUCCAUUACUGAAUGGCAACAAGUAAAAUCAUUUUCAUACAAAAAUGUAAUAAAAAUUAAGCGACGAGCUAUAAUUUUGUUAAUCUGAGGACGGCUAACGUUACAAGCUGAGUGUUCCAUACCAUAGAUCAACGUGCGAUAGUUUCCAACAUUUUUGAUAUGGCAACUUGUAAAAUUGAACUCAUAAUUUUUUCAGUGAUUGAAGUUACAGGGAGUUUAUAUACCAAGUGAAUAAAAAAACAGAGCUUUCAACUGCAUACUUUGUGAAAAUUGUAAACAAUUUGACUUAUGAUUAAUUCGAUAAAGUUAUUAAGGUAACUGUAUAAUUGUUUUUCCUUUGUUAUUCGAUAUAUUUUCGUGGUGUUGGUGUGGCACAGUAGGUCUGUACCGACGUUCGUGGUAAGAUACAAGAAUGCUUGGCGUGCUUAUUGUCAACUCUUACCGACAUGUGAUAAAUAUUAUUGAAUAUUCUAAAUAAACGGGAAAGUGUUAA